UGGCCCUGAGAGGAUUUAUGGCCUGUAUGAACAAGUGAGCUACAACUGCUUCAUCGCCGCUGGACUCUACGCUCUGCUGGGAGGAUUCUCCCUCUGCCAGAGUCGCCUCAACAAACGUAAAGAUGGCCCUGAGAGGAUUUAUGGCCUGUAUGAACAAGUGAGCUACAACUGCUUCAUCGCCGCUGGACUCUACGCUCUGCUGGGAGGAUUCUCCCUCUGCCAGAGUCGCCUCAACAAACGUAAAGAGUACAUGGUGCGUUGA